AUGGUUUCCCAAGAACACAUUAAAAAAAAAAAAAAAAAAAAGUGCGAGGUUGGGAGCCAGCGAGAGAAGUCGCUUCCCCAGCUGGGGUCCAAGGACCUCACACGCGCGCGCGCUCGCGCGCGCGCGGGGGGCCGCUUUUCUCCGAAGACUCCCCUGCGAGCGGGCGCGACACAGCCCUCGGCGCCGUGGGGACGGGAGUCCCCGGGGUCCCCCGGGGGUCUCGCGGCUGCCGGGCCCGAGCGCGUGUCUGCGCGCGGCCGGGACGGCCUCCGCCCGGGGAGUCGGCUCCGCGUGGGGCGUUGGUGCGCCGCUGCCCGCGGCGCCGGGGCUGGCGGAGGAGCGCGGGCUCGAGCCCGCGCGUCCUCUGGGCACCAGGAACCCCGGCCUGCGAGCGCGGUGACACGGCGGGGGCAGAAGCCAGAAGACAGGCGCAGGGAGUGCGCGGGUUUGAGCCCCCCUCCCCCACCCCCCCUUCGCGCUUCCCUCCUCCGCCGCCGCCCACCUGGCCGCCCCCGGCUGCGGCUGCGGCACCUGGCUCGCUCCCAGGCCUCGCAGUCGCAGCCCGCGGCUGUCUGCGGAGCUUUCCGGGUGUCGCCCUCCCCCUUCCCCCCCGCCGCGCCCUCCCUCCCCGGUGCCCGACGUGCUCGUUCCCUGCCACUUGGGUCCAGGCGCGCCGGUGGGUUUGGCCUGCGCGGCGGCGGCGGCGGCGAGGCGGGGGAGCGAGUGAGCGCGAGGGGCGGGAGCCAGUGUCUGUGUGAGUCACCGGUACCUGGAGUGCGAGCGACGCAGAGCGAGCGGCGCGGAGCCCGAGCCGGAGCCGAGCCCGGGCCAGCGAGCGCGGCCGCCCCCCCACCCGCCCCAACCCCGGCGCCAGGCCCCGCCGCGCGCCCACCCGCGCCCCGCCGCCCUUCCCGCGCGCCGCGCGGCCGGCUCGCCAGGGGUCCGGCGCCGACUCCCGACCCCGGCGCCCGGCCGCCCGCAGCCCUCCCGCCUGCCCGGAGGCGGUGCGGGGUUCGCCAGGGGAUGUCACAGCGGCUCCUCGGAGCCCCCAGCCGCUGCCGCACAGCCGCCGCCCCUGGGAACCGCGACGAUGAACCCCCAGUGCGCCCGCUGCGGAAAAGUCGUGUAUCCCACGGAGAAAGUCAACUGCCUGGAUAAGUAUUGGCAUAAAGGAUGUUUCCAUUGUGAGGUCUGUAAGAUGGCUCUCAACAUGAACAACUACAAAGGCUAUGAGAAGAAGCCCUAUUGUAAUGCAGACAAACACGUAUCAGAAGGAUAGAUUUCUGAAAAUUCUGCUACUCUUCAUCAAAGCCUUUCUGGAAACAACAGAAAUGGCCACUGGAAAAGGAAAUCAUGAGGUAAGGUCAGGUUGCUGUGGCUUGAGGAUUGAGUGGGAGGUGAGAAAGGAACACCAGUGAGGGGAGACUCCUCUUUCGAGAAGUUUUUCAAAAUAGGAAGAAAAGAAAUGAGAGCAGAGGCCGGGGCAGAGGAAACUACCAGAAAGAUCCAAGGGCAUGGAUUUACUGUGCCAGUGAGGGUCCCUUCUUGGGAGAUCAUGAGAGCACAGCAGAGCGGGUGAAGGUGUCCAGCAUCUGAGGUGGAGAUGGCCAGUGGACGGAGAGGUCUUGCCCUGGGGCCGAGGAGGCAGAUGCCCAAAGAGGAGAGAGCGUGAGGUUGGGGUUUUGCUUUGGGGGGGAGAUGUGUGUUGGACGUAGUGCUGAAAGGCACUUCCAUUUCCGCUUUUGUCACAGAUUUUAUUAGCAGGUGCUAAAGAAAUAUUCUUGGAAAGAUUGAGGGAAAGCGUCCCUUGCUUUCCCUUCUGACUUGAAAGCUCACCAGACGCCUCAGACGCCUCCUGAAACCUUGAAUAAAAGCAGCCUCAAAACUAUGCCAUGGAGGAUGUUUCGGACCCGCGGACGUCCGGAAGCCACUGCUGUUCUGUGUGCGAUCCUGCUUUGCGUAAAAGUCCCAGGCCUGUGUCCCAGAACUUUGGUACUCAGCUGCACCUGAUGUGGGUCUGAAAAUAAUAGGUUGGUAAUAAAGUAGAGUAAAAUAUUAUGGAACCACUGCA